GCUAUCUCUACAUUUCCCAAGCUCAUCGGCAAUGUCCCUACAUGCUGAAUGGCAUUCCCGGGGUUAAGGCCGUACUUUGCCAGUGAGAUCGAAGCUGCAAACCUUCCAGAUUUCGAGGAUUCGAAAGAUGUGGGUGCAUUUUCACCGGUCGAUAUUGUUCAUAUUUGUAGCGGAGUUGGCCGAAUUCAUUUCAUGCUACGCUGAAGCACUACGUGGCCGGACAGGCAGAACGUUGUUCCAACGGGGGGGCUUCGACAUCAUCGACAAUCCGCCGCACUUCCUCCUGGUCCUGCUUAUCAUUCGAUCUGGCGUGCUGGGGUUUCUUCACCGAGUUCGAGGGCUCGGGCGUUCGUCAAGAACGGGCUCGCGAUGGUUCACACUUCCUCAAAGUCACCCUCUCGGACAAUACAUUCAUCUCCCCUACAAUCAUGUCAUCUACAAAGGUCAAUGGCCAGGAUCUAAAUACUCCCGAUGGUAUUCGAGAAGACAGAGCGGCCGCCAAGUUAUCCUGGCCGGAGGAAAUGCGGUCCAGUGAGCUGGAUAUUAUUAAGAAGGCAACGGAAAUCGGUAAAAUCAACGAACUGGUGAAGGAUCACAUCUCCACGAUGCUCGGCGACAUAGAUCCUCCGCACGUAACAUGUUCGACGAGGCUCAUCCGAGAAUUUCUGGGUCUGGCAAUGACCGG